AUGUGCUGCUGUACCGUAUCGGAUAUCAUUCUAUAUGUCAUAGCAUUCUUUGUGCCUCCAAUAGCUGUGAUGCUACGAGCAGGACUUUGUUCAUCAGACUUCCUGUUGAAUCUCCUGCUGACGCUAUUGGGAUUUCUACCAGGGAUGGUUCAUGCUUUCUACUAUAUUGCUAUUUCAAGUCCAUUAAGGAGAGAUAUGGAGUAUGCCUAUUUCUACCAACAAGGAUGGACUGAUCAUGAGAGACAGAUUCCCAGAAGAAACGGGCCUCCCCAAGAGCCUAUUGCGAACGUAAACCAGACAGAGCAAACUCCUUUACUAGAAGGCGCGCCAGUCGCUCACGUUCCCUAUACCGGAGGCAAGAUGGAGCCCUCCGCUCCACCACCGUAUGCUGAAUUACCUUGA